ACAUGGCUCAGUGUGCUGUACAAGGAAGUUUUAUCAUGUGGUCAGAUCAGAUAGAUGAGUAUGAUACGGUAGCCAGCCACACGUACUUAUACGUACCUCUAAUUAAAUUGGGUUUGUGACAACUACAAGCUUGUGUUAUUUAGCUAGAUAGAUCUAGUUACAACUCAUGGCUAUUGUACAAGUGCUUGUUGCUAGCAUUCUGCUUGCUAGCAACGCUCUGGCUGCAGCUGGAAGCAAGAACCAAACUCUGUACAUCCUAACACUACUGCCCUAUCCUUACAUCAACCCACUGUUUGAUCCCUCUUGGAGUGAAGGACCUCAAGUUUCUCUGGCUCUGGAAAUUGCUAAAGAAGAUAUCAAUAAUCAAAAUGCAAUUCUACCAGGCUAUCAAAUUGAACUGAUUGGUGGUGACUGUGGAUGUGAGUAUGUGGACAGAGCUUACGAAGCAAUAGGAAGCACUGCAUACUAUCCUGGUGUAUCCAAGAUGCCAAUCGGUAUAAUUGGUCCAGGCUGCUCGAGCUCAUCUCUUUCAGUCUCUUCAUUGACCAAUCGAGAGGCUUUAUCUUUUGUAACUGUUCAUGGGGGUGGCAGUCCAUUAUUGUCUGACAGAAUCAACCUCCCCUACUCACUUGGUACCCUUGGAUCUGCAGAAGCAUUUGCGAAUGUAACCAUCGAACUAAUGCGUGCAAAUAACUGGCAUAGAAUAGGAAUACUGUUCAAUGAAUUCCGACAAUUCUACUCCAGUACAGCGCAAAGUCUCCAUGACAUCAUAUCUUCUAACUCCACGUUAAGUAGUUAUUUGUCGCCAGUUUACGAUAGUACUUACAUUCCAUUGUCGGAGAUUAUACAACAAGGCAUUCGAAUAAACAUACUCUUCACACCAGUGAGGACCACACGGCAAGUGCUCUGUCUAGCUUUGCAUCGUGGGGUCGUGUAUCCAGCCUACCAGUGGAUCGUGACCAGCAAUACAUUCGAGGAUAUUGCUCAAAACGUGAACUUUGUGUUCAACAAUCAAGUCUAUAACUGUUCCGAGACAGAAAUGCGACAAACUGCUCUCAAUAGAGUCUCCUUUAUAAAUUACCGACUCUCCCAUAUUAACGAAUCAGCUCCUUCAACAUAUUCCAAGCGCUCCUUCAAAGAAUACGAUGCAUUAUUUCGGAACAGACUUCAAGAGCAUAAUUUACAGAACAAUGCCAACAUAACGUAUUCUGUUUGGACCACUUAUUUCUACGAUACCCUCUGGGCAUGGGCAGUAGUUUUGGACAGAGUCGCCAUUAGAGAGCCUAAUAUGGACCUCACCCAGUUUCGGUAUGGGAACACUUCGUUAUCUAAAUUGGUGCUCGAGGAAUUCUACGGUCUAGACUUUGAGGGGGUGUCAGGAAGGAUAAAGUUUAAUAAUGACUCGGGAUUUCUGAAUAGAGUUAUAUCUGUGUUUCAAGCAAAAGAUGGUAAUGUGACAGAAAUUGCUUACUUUGAUGGUGUGCACUUCAUAGUUAAAGAAGACCUAGAUGCCAUAGAGGGGGAAUUUCCGGAUAAAAACUUCAAUAUUGGCCCCGGUGUGUUUGCGGCUCUUUUCAUUGUGACUGUUCUAGAGCUGGUGAUAUUAAUAACACUCCAUGUGCUUACGAUAAAAUAUCGAUUCUCUCAAUCUGUAAAAGCCUCGAGCCCCAAGCUCAGUCUGCUAACCUUUAUUGGGUGCUAUCUCAUUAUAUUCACACUAUUCCUCUACAUGUUCAGGAGUUAUCUCUUGUUAGAUGAUUAUACCACAGUUUUUCUCUGCAACUUAACCUGGGCAUGGUUGCUUCCCAUCUCCUUCACGCUGGCAUACGGAACAGUGGCUGUUAGAACAUGGAGACUGCAUCGAAUCUUCACACACUAUCUCAAUCCAGGACGCUUCAUUGCUGACCACUACCUCAUGGCCUUUGUAUUCAUCUUGCUGGGUGUUGAUGUUCUAUUUGGUACUUUGUGGAUGGCCAUCGACCCACAGCAACUGGCCGUGAAGAAUGUUACUCAAGACGUUACAAAUUUUGUGGUUCGGACAUGCAGGGACAAUUCGUAUUGGUCUUAUGCAUUGGUAUUUGGAUACAGGGGAGUAUUGAUUGUCAUUGUUCUGGUGCUGGCAUUUCUGACUCGGAAUAUUCAGAACCAGUCAUUCAGAACUAAAACGCUGCGUGUCCUGGUUUAUCUCUCCAGUCUUACCUUGGCGGUUGGGUUUGUGCUCUUCUACUUGUUCCUAUUCUAUGGUCCUCCGUUAUCCCACGGACCUACUGUAUUUUUAAAUCUCACUUUCCAUGGAGUCCUGCUCCUGUUCAUAACGCUGAUUUGCCUGCCUCCCCUCAUACCAAAGCUGCGUGAAGAAUUCUAUAAAAAGUUUCCACACUUGAUCAAGACCCGUGAAGUUGAUUUUGAAAUCGAAACUGACUCUGAGAGCUGUGUGAUGGAGGGUUCUAGUCGAUUUUACAUAUGAAUUUUUUAUGGUGUGUUUUUUGUGUAUGCACGCUUAUUGCUUAUUCAUUUACUGUUGUUCAUUUAUACUGUGUAAUAAUUUCAUUGCUGCUAUAAUUAUACUCUUCACUCCAGAUAAUCUUUACUG